AUGAUCCAGAAAGAUGAGAUGACACUUCCUCAUGCAUUUCCACCAAAGAUGAAAGAUCCCGGAAAGUUCACAAUCACUUGUACCAUUGGUGGAGUAAAGAUCCCACACACUUUAUGUGAUUUAGGGUCUAGUAUCAAUUUCAUGCCACUUAAUAAAUUUAAGGAAAUGAAACUGGGAGAGAUCAUACCGAGUAAUAUGACUCUGACUUUAGCCAAUUCAUCUGUUACUCAUCCGCUUGAUAUCGUACAAGACGCAUUAAUUCAUGUUGAUGGUUUAGUCUUCCCUGCAGAUUUUGUGGUAAUUGACAUGAAGAGAGAUUCAGGAGGAUCAGUUAUUCUCGGACACCCAUUCUUGGCAACCGGGAAAGCUUUGAUAGAUGUGGAAACAGGUGAACUUGUCUUGAAGUUCAAUAAGGAAAUGAUGGUGUUUAAUGUGUAUGAAUGGACACCUUAUGUGGAUGAUCUAGAGACAUGUUACCAACUGGAAGAAAAAGAUAGUAAGAUUGACAAAGGAAGGAAAACACGUGAAUUGACCGGCGUGAUGGUAUACCUUGCGCCUAACAUGCCUUAUGCAUGA